UGUGAGCUGACUGUCAUUUAUCACUGUGGAAGUCACCCAUGCGAUUAAACUGUUGCGCAAUUGAAAAUUGCAUGUCAGCGACUAGCUUUAUUGUACAUUUAUUAUUGGUAAAAUUAUACGUCAAUUGAACUACGAAAUGUAUACGUCGAAUAUUUAAUAUAAUGCUGUCACAACAAAUGUUGAGUUUAUCUUGUGAUUUUGUGAAGUCAAGAUGGAAAAACGUUGUUUAAAGUCUUUAACAAUCAGUGAUAAAAUAAAAAUUAUUGAUGAACUCAAAAAAAGAGUGAAACGCAAAAAAGAUAUCGCGAGUGAAUUCGGUAUUCCUGUUAGUACUUUAUCGACUAUAUUGAAGGAUAAAGACAAAAUUCUCAAAGCAGUUAAAGAAGCCUCAUGUUUAUCACGCUGGAAGAGAUUUAAAGCAUCAAGUUUCCCAGAAAUUGAGCAUGCUAUGACGGAAAUGGAUGAAGCGAGUAAGAGAUUAUAAUUUACCCAUUUCAGGACCGUGAAUUCAAGAAAAAGCUGCAGAGUUUGCAAAGAAUUUAGGCCUCACAUUUCUAUUCCGGAUUGGCUGGAAAAAUUUAAAUCAAGGAACGGAAUUGUAAAAAAAAUCAUAUCAGGUGAGAGUGGUGCGGUGUCUGAAAUUGACUGUAAACAUUACCGAAUAAAUGUAAAGUGUAGACCUAAUAAAAAUUUGACAUUCAAAGGAGAUACUUGACAUGGAGGGAAUAAGAGUAAAGAACGUGUAACAGUAAUGGUAGGAGCUAAUAUGACUGAAACAGAAAAAUUAAAAUUACUCGUGAUUGGAAAGUCAAAACAACCAAGAUGUUUCAAGAAAAAGAACGGGGCAUCGUUACCAGUCACAUACGAGUACAAUCAAAAAGCAUGGAUGUUAUCCACCAUCAAUAAAUCUUGAAUAUUCGACUUGGAUAAAAAAUUUUUCAACAAUAAAAUAAAAGUGCUUCUCUUUGUCGAUAAUUGCUCUGCACAUCCAAAAACUCUUUUGCAUGAACUAAAAGCAAUACAGGUAGUAUUUCUGCCACCAAACAUGACAUCCAAACUACAGCCAAUGGACCAAGGAAUCAUAAAAAAUAUAAAGCAUCAUUAUCGGAGAAGUAAAAUGCAAAGAAAUUUGCGAAGAAUAGAUUCUGGACUUGAGAUAGAUAACAUAAAUCUCUUAGAAUCAAUUGAAUUACUGCAUAAGUCUUGGGGAGCAGUCACACAGUUCACAAUUGCAAAUUGUUUCCAUAGAGCCGGCUUUACAAAAGAUAUAAAUAAAAACUCAAGAACAUAUGGAGGAAGAACCAGUCGAAGAAGAAAAUCCAAUAGAGUGGGGUCGAUACCAGCAGCUUUUUUCUGAGACUAGUACAGUUGAAUUCCAACAUUUUGUUGAGGUGGAUUCUGAUGUUAUAACAAUAUAAUAUUUUACUGAUGAUGAAAUACUGAACGAUUUGAAGUUCCAAGAAAUGCUUAACGAGUCAAGUGGGGAGGAGUCGGAUAUUGAUGAUGAUGAGGAAUUGCCUAAAACUUCUCUUGCCCAGGUAUUAGAUAGUUUACAGUUUGUCCGUAAGUACAUUCAAGAACAACCAGAAAUUGGAGAUGAGAUUUUUUCCGCGCUAAACGUUAUUGGAAACUUUACAGAUAGGUAAAAAAAAAAAAAAAACAAUUAAA